GGGACCCCGUUGCCCAUUCACUCUUUCAUGUCCACUUCGCCGACGACUUCGACUUCCAGUCCAUCCGGGACCACCAGCAGUUCUACUUUGACUAGUACAACUUUGACUAGCACAACUUUGACUGGUACAACUUUGACUGGUACAACUUUGACUGGUACAACUUUGACUGGUACAACUUCGACUAGUGCAACUUCGACUAGUACUCCUUCUGCACUCACGGGAAGCUUUCCCCACUCUGGAGCUGAGAUAUGGACUAUAGUCGUUACUCCAUCUCACAGUGCUCAGUCUACAGUAUUUGGGACCGCAGUCGCGAGCGCGAGCUCUACUCUUGGGAGCACUAGUAGUACUCACGAAGGCCUGUCAAGAUCGAAUGUGGGGAUUAUUGUGGGGUCGGUCGUCGCAGGGAUGAUAUUGGGGCUACUGUUGGCAGGGAUCGUAUGGUGUUGUUGUCGUCGCAGAAGUAGGAUAAAACGGCAAAGGAUGGUAGCGAUGGGUCGUCCGAGUUCAUCAGACCAUGGAUCUUACGAGAACCCCAGCUCCGUACAGUCUGCGCCGAUGUUGCAGGCUGGGCCAGCUGUUUGGUCGAAUGUUCGAAUAACCAACUGGUUGGCACGGAUGAACAGUCAGAGGACCGGUCGGUCUAGGGCGACAGACUUUUCUAGCGAUCCCCCAGAGUAUAAAUCCCAGAGGACGGCACCAUCGGAUAGCGCAAGCGUCUACUCGCAUCCAACUGAAAAUCCAUUUGGCCCAGGCAGUUACCGUACAAAUGAGGCGUCAAGACAGGCGGAUUAUCUCGCAUAUGAUCUAGGGCAUCUGAAGAACUGAGCAACUGUACGAGGGUAUUCUAUUUAUUUUCUCGCAUGUUGUGGAUUAUACAAUAAGUAUACAUAUAACGUGGAGCAAAGAGGUAGUCGGGAAUUCUCGAAAGAUCGAGACUCAAAUCGCUCGACUCGGAGGGAUGCAUCUGAUGCUUGGAAACACAGACUUGUGUUGCUACAGGAUCCUCGUCAGAACCUUGCGAGUUGCCAUCCAUUUCUCGUGAUAUACUCUUUCACUUUCCAUACAAAGCAUACGAAUCCGUUUCUUGCAUGCGGCG